UCCAAGUCCCCCAUGGGGAAUGGGUGCCCUACCCCAUUACCGUUCCUACUAACACUCUUGGAAAACACCAUUCUUGCAAAAUCCCUCUAUGACGUAAGUAAGAAAAUAGUGGGACGAUGUUCAAGCUUGAUUGUUUGCAGGUCUAGAGGUCGAACAUAAGUCAGUUCUCUUGCUUCCUCCCUUCUUUUUAGUAAAUAUUUCUCUUCUUUUGAUCACAAUGAUGCAUUGCAUCAAGAUUUUGUCUUUGUUUCGGUUUCAGGUACACUGUUAAGCUCAAAAAGAGAUUUACUAUUUGCAAUUGUAUUGGGAGGUGGAUGUUCGUGGAGCUUUGUCUUUGACUACUGAUCUAAAAGAAGAGUUGUUAUUGAGUUUGAGGAAGAGAAACGCUCAAAGCAUCUGUAAUUGUUUACUGAGGAGUUCAACUGAACCCCUAGAGAAGGUUUUAUUUGUUUCUGGUUACUUUCUAGGUUUGGUGGUCAUUGGGUUGAGAUAGGCUUGAAUUGGAUACUUGAAAGCUUAUGGAUUCCAAAGUCAUAUCACCUUCAACAGAUUUGCUUCAAUGCUGUAAAUGUAGUUGUAGGUGCACAUUGAUCCACAGCAGUUGGCACCACUUGGUGAAAAGGAAGUCUGAAGAGCCUGAAGCUAGUAGCCAAAAUGCUCCAACAGACUUCUCUAUAUUUCGAAUUGAAUUGGAGAAUGAAUGCAUGGCCUUACGAGAGGCACUGAGCAGCCAACAACAAACAAUACAGGAUUUGUACUCUGAGCUGGAAGCAGAGAGAAAUGCUGCAGCUUCAGCUGCAAAAGAGGUCAUGUCAAUGAUAUUGAAGUUGCAGAGGGAAAAGGCCGAGGCCCAGAUGGAAGCGCGGCAAUUCAAACGGUUUGCUGAGGAGAAAAUGGCUCACGAUCAACAGAAGCUUCUCACAUUAGAAGACUUGUUUUAUAAGAGUGAGCAAGCCACCCAAUUCCUUAUAUAUCUGGUCCAGGCGUACAGACACAUGAUGUUGAGUUAUGGGCUUUCUGAAGCUGAGAUAGAAGGUGAGAAGGGUAGAUACCCAAUUCAUCUGAACAGCAGGGUUGAGAACCUUGAAACCCAAUUCAAAUUCUCUUCAUAUGGUUUUGGUGAAACUCUUGGUGCCCGGGAAUUGCAGAAUUUGGAGGACAGAAUCUGCGAAUUGGAGAGAAAUCUUAGCUGUAAUCAGAUGGAUGGGGAAUUUAAUAACAAGGUAGUAGUAGGUAAAUCUCCCAAGUGGCUGAGGCAUGCCCUGAAGCUCUCCAGGGAGACCUCAUCUUCAUCCUUUGGUUUGGUAAAGGGAACAGGACAGGAUAGUUCUGUGGAAAUGAUGUACCCUGCUUACAGUUUUAAGAAGACCCAAUAUUUCUCACAACCAGAUGAUUACUCUAAUUUGAGGAAGAUUGAUAAUGUACCAGACCUUGGAGAUGGCAUGAGUGACAGACUGUAUACCAUUGAUUCUGUUCAUCCCAUUGAUUCUAUUCAUCAUGAAGCCUCUUAUAAUGAUGAUCCAGAGCCCAGAGCUACAAUUGGGGCCUGUGAGGAUUAUUGUAACACUCCAAGGGAAUCCUUUUUUAAUCAAGCUAACAUUGGAGAUCCUGACAUCAAGAAACUCUACACAAGGCAUCAAGCACUUGAGGCAGAUAUAGAAUCAAUGAAGCAGACAAUUAAUUCCAUGCUUAUGGAUAAAUCACAGUUGAUAUUACUGGGUAAAAUAGCUGAUCAACAUAUGUGUAAAGAAAUACCACCAGAAGGGAGGAUGCGUGUACCUGUGAAGAGGCCAUCUCUCAUUGAUAGCCUUCCCUUCAUGUCAGUAUUGAAGUGCGUUCAGUGGGUUGUGUCCAUUUUCUGGAGAAAGAAAGCACAUCGAAGCAAGUAUACGUUUGGGCUAUCAAGGAAUAAUUUGAGCUUACUAUUGCUUUUAUGCAAAGUCCUCUACAUGAGGCAAUGGAGGCAUCUUUCAAGGGCAUGAGUGUUGUGUAAGGAUCUUAAGUGUUUGUAAAAUCUAUGCUAGUCUGUGUUGACACAGAGACAUUGAUUACAAUAAUACAUUUAGUAUUCCUUUGGUUUGU